AUGGAUGAUGAAGCCAGCUCUGAUAUGCAGAAAUGUCUCUCUGACGGACCCAUGGAUACUGACGAAGGACCAUUGAUUAACGAGAACUCGAACGGGUUAUCACAUUUGCUGACAGAGGGCGAAUUCAACAGUGUAGAUGCAGCGGUUGAUGAGUCGUCGACUUCGAAUCAAGGUUUUCUCAAUGCGGUGGAGCUGUCAGCGGGUAGCGUUGGCGACUACCUGGACAACAACACAGAUGGGUUUAACACUGACUCUUUCGAUGUGGGCGAUAAUGCAGUCAAUUUCCCCAGUGACUCGCUUAAUAACGUGCUCACCGACGGCGACUCGCUACUUAGUCACGAUGCAGUAUAUAAGGCCACCUCUGAUACUGAUGGUGAUGUUACAGAGAGUCAGAAGGCGACGGUGGAUACUGACUUUGACAUCAGUGAAAUGUCUGAUGCUGGCUAUUCAAUAUCAGCUGAUGAUUUAAUUCAAAAGAUUGAUGACAACACUACAGAUGCUUGUGAAGAGAAGGAGAAUACUAAAAUGGAACAAAUUAAUGACAAAGAGAAUACAUCUUUUGAAAAUUGUGAAGAGAUAAGUAAAAAUAAUGAUAAGCUUGAAGUUCCUGAAGAGCUAUCUGAACAUACUAAGAAACAAGAUGAUCGCAAACACAAAAUGCAUCCUGACGUUGGUAUCAUAGAAAUACCUGAUGAAAGUUCUGUAGAUGAACCUGAAAACAAAAUUUUAAAAGAAGCUAAUGAAAAUGUGACUCCAAAAGGAAAUGAAAAAAUUGAUGAUAAUGAAACAGCUACACCACUGGUUAAUGCAAAGAAAAUUAAUGAAAUGACCAGUCAGGAAAUUGAUGACCGUAAUACAGAGAAGAGCCCAGAGAAAAAUAGUGACAAUAGCACAGGGAAUACUGAUGAAAACCUUUCUGAAGAACACAAGGAAGAAGUUGCUACACCAACUAAGAAAGUCAGCAAGGUGGGAGGAGCUGAGGAAACUGAAGUGGUUUCGGAAGAUGAACUGCCUGAGGUACAGAAACCAAGUGUAAAAGAUGCGGAAAAUGUAUCUGAUGAUGAACUCCCUGGCCCUAAACCUGCUGAAUUACCAGCUGACACUGAGGUUGUAUCUGAGGAUGAACUACCUGCUUCUAAGAAAGAUUCCAAAGAAUCUCGUAAACGAAAAACUGAAAAUGAACGUGAUGGCUACGAUCCUGGCUCACCCACAUCUGAAAGCGAAUCCUCAACCAAAAAACAAGCUAUUGUCAAGAAUGGCGAAAGCAAACCGGUACCGUUAGAGAAGAGAAGUUCAAUUGAUGAAAAGCCGAAAAAGAAAGCCCUUCCUGAAUUAGACAAGUACUGGAAAGUAGUCAAUGAUGACCCAACUGACUUCACUGGCUGGACAUAUCUGUUACAAUAUGUUGAUCAAGAGAGUGACGUGGAGGCAGCGCGCGAAGCUUACGACGCUUUCCUUUCGCACUACCCGUAUUGUUACGGCUACUGGAGGAAAUACGCCGAUUAUGAAAAACGUAAAGGAAGUAAAAAGAAGUGCCUCGAGGUUUUGGAAAGGGGUCUUAAAGCUAUACCUUUAUCUGUCGAUUUAUGGAUACAUUAUCUAAAUCAUAUCAAGUCUACUAGAACCGAUGACCACACCUACCUUAGAGCUCAGUAUGAGAGAGCAAUCGAGGCAUGUGGUCUAGAAUUUCGUUCUGAUCGUCUAUGGGAAUCUUACAUCAAAUGGGAGGCCGAGAACGGUUCUGCUCUAAAUGUUACAAAUAUUUAUGACAGACUGUUGGCUACACCAACACUUGGAUAUACAUCGCACUUUGACAAUUUCCAAGAGCACGUGAUGUCGGAGCCGGUGACGGGCGUGGUGUCGCGCGCCGAGCUGGUGCGCCUGCGCGGCGAGGUGCGCGACGCCGCGGGGCAGCAGCCGCAGCUCGACCUGCCGCCCGGGGAGGACGAGCCCGUCGACCACGUGGCGUCUGAAGAAGAAGCCCAGGCCAUCAAGGAACGUAUCAUCGCAGCACGACGAAAGGUUCACAAAACUACAGGCGAACAGGUCGCGGCCCGGUGGACUUUUGAAGAAGGAAUUAAGCGUCCAUACUUCCACGUGAAACCUUUGGAACGAUGUCAGCUGAAGAACUGGAAGUCGUACCUGGAGUGGGAGAAACAGCACGGCACGCUAAAACGAGCUCUCGUUCUGCACGAGAGGUGUCUCAUCGCGUGCGCGCUGUACGAAGAGUUCUGGAUGAGGCUGAUCAAGUUUCUGGAGGAGCGUAUAGAGACUAACCCGGAGUUAGUGGCGGUUGAGCGUGAGGUAUUGGAACGCGCUUGCACCGUUCACCAUUUGGACAAACCCGAGUUGCACCUGCACUGGGCACACUUCGAAGAGGCGUACGGUAGCGCUGCUAAGGCAGCAGAAAUAUUAGACAGGAUAGAGAAAACUUGCCCCAAUCUAGUUCAAAUACAGUACAGACGUGUCAAUCUUGAGAGGCGUCGUGGCGACUACGAAAAAUGUGCUCAGUUAUACGAGGGUUACAUAAAUUCGGCUAAGAACAAGGCGGUGGCUUCUGCGUUAGCCAUCAAAUACGCUCGUUUUGUUUUCCACGUGCGACAAGACCCCGUCGGCGCAAGAAAAAUACUCGACGACGCGAUCACCAAGGAUCCUCUUAACCACAGACUACACAUGCAGAGACUGGACCUGGCGAUACAUACACCUGAUACACCCUAUGAAGUGCUGGAGGAGCUGGUGUCGUCGUACGAGAAACAGGAGUGCGCGGAGCUGGAGACGAUGGCGGCGCUGGCGUGGCGGCGGCGCGAGCUGGCCGAGGAGCGCGGCGACGCGCAGCACGCCCGCGCCGCGCACGAGCACGCGCGCGCGCUCACCAAGCACCUGCGCAAGCGCCAGCGCAAGGACAAGCACGACGUGCCGCCGCCCACGCAAAUAUCAGCAGACAAUAAGAAAAAGGAAUGUGGUGCAUCUGCAGCAGUCAAUGUCACAACUACCAGCGGUGGGAACUCAUAUUAUCAAACACCCGCAGCCACGACGGCCUCCUAUGAUCAAUCAUAUACCCAACCUUACCAACCCACUUGGGGCUACCAGCAGCCACCGGGGCCCUAUCAACAUCACCCGCACCCAUGGCCUCAAUAUCCCAAUUACUACUAG